CUAGUGCCAGGGCCUGCAGGUACAGUGGGAUCCAGCCAGCAGAAAUCUAUGUUGAUAAAGGAGGCAGGAGAGUAAAGAGAACCCAUCUCUGAACGAGGCACAGGGCAUAGUUGAUGGCUGGGUUAGACAGGUAGAACCCACGAUAGGUGCAGUGAAUAGGAGGUUUCCGAGGCUGCAAGAUGGGAGUUGGAUGCUGGAGGAACGCUCUGUGGCUGUUGGCUGCCCUGGUCCUGGCAGCCAAACUAGGUCAUUUUCAAAGAUGGGAAGGCUUCCAGGAGAAGUCCAUGAGCAAGGCAAAUAUGAAUUCAACACUCCAGUUCUUCAUGGAAACCUACAACAAUGCUAGCAAUGACACCUACUUAUUUCAAGUCGACAAGCUACUUCGAAGUCAGAUGCAGCUCACAACUGGAGUGGAAUAUAUGAUAUCUGUGAAGAUUAGCCGGACCAAAUGCAAAAGAAACAGCUCAAGAAAUUCAUGCCCCAUUCAAAGCAAAAAGAAGCUGAAAAAGAGUUUCAUUUGUGAUUUUUUGGUGUACACUGUGCCCUGGAUGAACUAUUACCAACUCUGGAACAACUCUUGUCUGGAGGCUUGAAUGCACUGGUGCAAAGAUAUUUGUUGAAAACUUAGAUGGUCAUACUGUGCACUUUCUAUUAGACUUCUAAGGACCUCUUCCCCCUCAACAGGGUCUCCAUACACCUGCUCAUACUUGUGCACACAUGCACACUCACACAUGUGUACAUGCACACUCACAACACACUCAUGCACAAGCAUAACCACACAUACGCAGACACACACUCACACUCAUGUACAUGCUCACAUGUUCACAUGCUCACACUUACUCAUGCACAUAUUCAGUGGCCCUUAGGGUGUUGGCUGCAAUUUGAACAGAAGGAUGUUAAUUCUUUGGGGGAAACAGAGUUUUUCUACUUCAGUGCCUGUCUCUGAAGUUGUUGUGAUUCAGGCACAUUCUGACCCCUGGCCUGUGCUUGCAGAAGCUAUGUUUCUUCCCUAUACUCUCUGUGACUUACACAUCUUUGUGAGUGUGGCUGUAGUCCCUAAGUUCACUAGUCUGGUAACUCAGUAGAAAGACCCUCAGGACUCAACACAUAGUUGUACUCACAGCUAUGACUUAUUACAGUGAAAGGGGAUAAGAUAAAACCAGCAGAGGGAAGAGGCUAAUGUGGAGAAGUUCCAGGGAAUGAGGUGCAGGUUUCCAGAGU